AUGGACCAGUCUAGAGGAAGAGGAAAAGGAAGAGGAGGAGGGCAAGGCAGAGGCCGACCCCGACCCUGGGAGUGUGAGAAUCCCCAGACCCAGGGGGCCUCUCCUAACGUACCCCCCAUGGUGGGGGGAGGGUUAGGUGGGGAGUGGCCCAGUCUGGAGGAUACACAGCACAGUCCCCAGCAGAAGAGGUUCAGAAACAACCAAGGGUUUGGACAUUACAGUGCCCAGAUGUCCAACUACUCAGGCAGAGGAUAUCACCCUUACAGGGACAGGAAUCUGAGUGGUCCCCAUGGCCGGGCUGACUACAUGCCGACACCAGGCAGCUCCCAGUCUGACGAUGUAGAGGAGUACGACCCCACACAGCCUGGUCUGAUGGAGCAUGGCAGCGGGGGCAACAGGAGGAAAAAGGACAAGAGACCAAGGUUUUCUCCCCUGCCACUGCAGUCCCAGUUUGUGACACCACCCCCCUCCCGCAGCCAGCACCACCCCCCUCCCUACUCACGGACACCAGGGUCCUCAGGGGGGAGGGGAAGCAGUGGUGGAAGUGCAAAGGCCAUCAACAAGAAGACCUUGGACAGUGCAGCAGCCAACUAUGUGUUAAAACUAGCAGAAAACAAGACAGCUGUCACUGUAGAUAAAGUGGUCGACAUGCUGAAACAGCAUUUUCAGGUGACCCGUUUUGGGGACUUAAACAUAAGAAAACCGACAGAAAUCCCCACCCUGGAUGAACUGCAUAAAUGCCAGUCCAAAGUCAACGCGUACAUCCACGCUUUCAUCAUGACACGUUCUAUCGCCACCCUCCACGAACUCAAGCACCACCUCGCAGACCUCUUCCCGCCAAAGAAGUCUUUCUCGGAGCUGAACCUGGGACCACUCACCAAGCAAGGGCUGGUGUAUGAGCUGUUCAAAUUUCCACAGAACAUUCCAGAUGAAGACAUUCCAGACAUAUCAACGAUAGACAUUCUGAAGGACCUGAGGAAGUACCUGACAGUGCAUGGCUGGAGGCAGAAGGUGAAACUGGAAGACUUUAUGGAGUUCCUGAGGAAGGAACAUGAAGUCAAGUCUCCCUACGAGCUGGGAGUCAGAAUAUCCAGUGUGGCACUGGGUAUAUCUGUAAUAAAGACAGCCCAGCGCCAUGAGAAGGAAGUGACCACAAACGUGCGAGCGAGGCUGGCAGCAGAGAUGGAACAGGACAUCGAACAGCAGCUGGUCAAGGUCAAACGUAAAGUCCUGCAGGCCUCCGACCCAGACAGCGAAGGCAUCAUUUAA